AUGCACGGCCAGGACCCUCCGGGUGCACUGUGCACACAGUGCCAGAAACAUACUGCUUUUGCCACCUUUCCAAGUGAAAAUGCAGCUGCAAAGGCUUUAUCAAGAUUGCAUCAGCUGAAACUUUUGGGUCACACAUUAGUUGUUGAAUUUGCAAAGGAGCAAGAGAGUGCACAGGUACUUAGCCAGCCUUCUGUCUCAGACAAGUGCAAAAGUUUAGAAGAACCAGUGAAAGAAGAAGAGAAGAUAGAACCAAGCUGUGUUAAAAUAGAGAAUGGAAUUGCACCCAACCAUGGCCUCACCUUUCCCAUCAAUUCUUGCCUCAAAUAUUUGUAUCCACCACCUUCAAGUGCAAUUCUAGCAAAUAUAGCAAAUGCCUUGGCAAGUGUGCCCAAAUUCUAUGUCCAGGUACUCCAUCUGAUGAAUAAAAUGAAUCUUCCUCCACCUUUUGGACCAAUCACUGCUCGCCCUCCCAUGUACGAAGAAUAUUUACCAGUGCCUGUGCCACCUCCCCCAAUCCCACCUCUGCCUCCUGAAGAGCCUCCUUUGCCUGAAGAGGAAGAAGGACUGUCUAGUGGGGAUGAAUCAGAAUAUGAAAGUGAUGAUGAUGAGGAAAAGGAGAGAAUGACCAAGUUGAUGGAAUUAGCAACCCUUCAGCCUAAAAGACCAAUAAACACAAAGAAACGUGGUGUUAGAAAAAAGCAAAGAAUUAAAGACAUGUUGAAUGUUCCUGUGUGUACUUCCCACAGUAACUCGCACCCUACACUGUCACCUUCAGAUGUCUUUGAGCAGCUGCAGCACGUAGGUCAUAAAAAAAUAGAGUUUCAUAUUAGUACUGAGAUCCCAGCUGUUCAGAUAAACUUGGAAAAAGAAGAAAAAAAUGAUCUUUAUGCAACCUCGGAAGAAAUCAAUAAUACAGGCUUUGGAAGGAUUUUCCCAGCUCCUAGCUCGAAUGAUAAAAUGGAAACUGAAGAGGAGGAUGAUGAAAUACCAUCAGAAUUUAUUUCUAGAAAGGAUUUAGAAAAAAACAGACUUUCUAGAGAAGAAAUGGAAAAGUAUUCUGUUUUCAAAAACUACGAGCCAGGUGAUCCAAAUUGCAGGAUAUAUGUGAAGAAUUUAGCUAAACAAGUUCAAGAAAAGGAUCUUAAGUUCAUUUUUGGAAGAUAUGUUGACUUCCAGUCAGAGGUGGAACGCAAUAUGUUUGAUAUCCGUUUGAUGAAAGAAGGCCGGAUGAAGGGACAGGCUUUCAUUGGACUUCCCAAUGAGAAAGCAGCUGCCAAAGCACUGAAAGAAGCAAAUGGCUAUGUCUUAUUUGAAAAACCCAUGGUAGUUCAAUUUGCUCGUUCAGCUAGACCAAAACAAGAUGCCAACGAAGGGAAAAGAAAAAAGUCCCUUUUGUGUUCCAUCUCUUUCAAGUAUUAUGGAGCUGGGGAAGAAGCAGUGUAAUCAUCAGGACUCUUGAACUGUGCGUAGUAGCAUUUCUAAAGUAUUUAAGGCAGAGAAUAAAUUUUCCUGUCUUAAAGAUGCUAUAUAUCUUUAAAUAACACAAGACUUAUUACAUCAUAAAUGUAUGUUAAGAUUGCUUGUGAAAUCUAAUAAAUUAUUUCCCUUCUCUUCA